GCUGGGCGACGAGAGAUGCUCAAGGCCGGCGAGCUAGUGGGAGGGUAAAGGAAGGAAUCAGGCUAAAUAGGGGGUAGACAAGAAGAUCGCCCAGGAGGAAGGAGCGCGUGUGGAGGAAUUGAGGAGGAAUAAAGAAAGGCUAGAGAAGGGGAGCGGGGGAAGAGAGAGAAAUGAUGGAGAGGAAGAGGAACAGGGAGGAGCGAUGCUUCUGCUGCUGCGGCUGCUGACCUCGAAAGACGGGCAGGCAGUGUGGGAGGACCUGCUUCUUAGCCCCCCUGAUCCUGAGGUGGUGGGGAAUGGCUCUGCCCCAGAAGUGGGUCGGGAUGCUUUUGGCUGGGAGUCACCCCAAAGCCAGCAAGAAUUGACUGUCUAAUCCAUCCAAGAGUUCCAAUGAGCUCUCUUCCAAGAUUUGCUGGUAGAACAGCCAACAAACUAGCACCUUCCCAAGAUGGCGGAGGCUCACCAGGCUGUGGCGUUCCAAUUCACUGUCUCUCCAGAAGGGAUUGACCUUCGCCUGAGCCAUGUGGCACUCAAAGAGGUCUACCUCUCAGGCCUGCGGUCCUGGAAGAAGAAAUUCAACAAGCUGCGAAACAGUUUUGUGACAGGCGUGUACCCUGCCAGCCCCUCCAGUUGGCUCUUCAUGGUUACCGCCAUUCUGGUGACGCAGUACUCUCGUCUUGACCCUUCCAUGGGCAUGAUUGGAAAGAUCAAAGAACACUUGCCCGUCAGUGACUACCUAUCAGAUCAGGGUCAGAAUGUCCUCAGUGCUUUGGCCUUUUCCACAGCCUUGUGGCUGGCUCUUAUCUUCACCAUGCGUACCAUCCUGAAGAUGUUGCUCUGCUACCAUGGCUGGAUGUAUGAGGAACAUGGCAAGAUGUCCAACACAACUAAGGUCUGGCUGGCUCUGGUCAAAAUUUUUGCUGGAAGGAAGCCCAUGCUAUAUAGUUACCAGGCCUCACUGCCCCGCUUGCCUGUGCCAGCCAUAAAGGAUACAAUGCAGAGGUAUCUAGAAUCCAUACGUCCCCUGAUGAAUGAUGAUGAGUUCCAGCGAAUGACUGCUCUUGCCCGUGACUUUGAACGGACCUUGGGACCGCGGUUGCAGUGGUACCUCAGGAUUAAGUCUUGGUGGGCUUCCAACUAUGUGAGUGACUGGUGGGAAGAGUAUGUCUAUCUCCGUGGACGAGGCCCCCUGAUGGUAAAUAGCAACUAUUACGUCAUGGACUUCCUGUAUGUAACCCCCACCCCAGUCCAGGCUGCUCGUGCCGGGAACAUUGUCCAUGCCAUGUUGUUGUAUCGACGGAAACUCACUCGAGAGGAGAUCAAGCCACUGAUGAUCCAAGGUUGUCUGCCCAUGUGCUCGGCUCAGUAUGAACGCAUGUUUAACACAACUCGUAUCCCAGGCAUGGAGGGAGACAGCAUCCAGCAUCUACGAGACAGCAAGCAUAUUGUGGUGUAUCAUGCUGGGCGCUUCUUUAGGAUCUGGCUGUAUCACAAUGGGCGGCUCCUGGGCCCACGUGAGCUCCAAGCACAGUUUCAGUUCAUCCUGGAUGAUCCCACACCACCUCUGCCCGGUGAGGAGAAACUGCCUGUCCUAACUGCUGCCGAAAGAGACCCCUGGGCCCGGGCCCGCCAAGUCUACUUCCAGACGGGGAGGAACCAGCAAUCGCUGAGCAUCGUGGAGAAAGCUGCCUUCUUUGUCACCCUGGACACUAGUGAGCAGGGGCUCUGUGGCCCAAAACCAGAUCAGGCGCUGGACGCCUAUGCCAAGUCCCUGUUGCACGGACGCUGCUGUGACAGGUGGUUUGAUAAGUCUUUCACGCUGAUCAUUUACCGCAAUGGGAAGGCCGGAAUGAACACAGAACACUCGUGGGCUGAUGCACCCAUUGUUGGACAUCUCUGGGAGUACACCCUUGCUACAGAUGCGUUCCAGCUGGGUUAUGAUGCUGAUGGGAAUUGCAAAGGCAGCAUGGACACCAGCAUCCCUUCACCCCAAAAGCUGCAGUGGGAGAUCCCACCAGAGUGCCAGCGGGUGAUCCUACAGUCCCUCAGUGUGGCCCAGACACUGGCCAGCGAUGUCGAUUUCCACAUCUUCCUCUUCAGGGAGUUUGGCAAAGGCCUGAUCAAGCAAUGCCGCACCAGUCCAGACGGCUUCAUCCAGCUUGCCCUUCAACUGGCACAUUUUCGGGAUAAGAAAAAAUUCUGCCUGACUUAUGAGGCAUCCAUGACACGUCUCUUCCGUGAGGGGCGCACAGAAACAGUCCGUUCCUGCAGCAUUGAGUCCUGCAACUUUGUCAGGGCUAUGAUGGACCCUAAUCAGAAUACUAGUAUAAGGCUACAUCUGUUCCGCGUGGCAGCUGAGAAACACCAGAACCUUUACCGGCAAGCCAUGACGGGUGCUGGCAUUGACAGGCAUCUCUUUUGCCUUUAUGUGGUCUCCAAAUACCUUGGCCUGGACUCCCCCUUCCUGCGAGAGGUGCUGUCAGAGCCAUGGCGCCUCUCCACAAGCCAGACCCCCAUCCAGCAGAUGGAGCUGUUUGACCUCAAGAACCACCCGGACUAUAUUUCUUGUGGGGGUGGAUUUGGGCCGGUCGAUGAUAAUGGGUAUGGAGUGUCCUACAUAAUUCUUGGUGAAGAUCUUAUCAACUUCCAUGUGUCAUGCAAAUUCUCCAGCCCAGAAACAGAUGCACACCGGUUUGGAUCAAACAUCCAGAAAGCCAUGAUCGACAUCUUGGCUCUGUUCCAGCUGGACAAAGGCUCCUCUGCCAGUGGUGGCAAGUGACAGAAUAAAUGCCAAGCAGGAUGUUCAGCCAGCCACUGAGACACACUUUGAGUGUGUGUUUCUGUUCUCUGAUCUGAAGGGACAUCUGGAGGGGAGGGGGGGUGCACAGGGGGUCAGGCCUGAGGAUUCCUACAAGCACAAUGGAGGGCAAGACAAUUCUCUUACUUCGAUUUGGAAGUUUGGAGCCUAUACUAAAUCCCAUGGCCCUGUGAGCAAAUGACACUUCCCCCUCAAGUAUUUCCAUUAUUCUAGGGUGGUAGAAGUCUCCUGGUUGGAACUGAUAAUAACCAGAUCUCCUGGGUUCUGGUGGGGCACACGUGUUGGAACAGGAAGCUGGGACUGGAUUAGAAGAGAAGAGUUUGGAAUCAGGGAAGCCAGAAUCCUCUUAAGCGAGCACAGUUGGGGGGGUUGGGGGUUGGAAGGGGUGCUUCCUCUGUCUCCAACAGCUAAGAAGCACUCCUGCUCACCCUACAGCCACUUCAACCUACAGCAGCUGGGCUGCAUCUCCUUUCUUGCUCUUCAUUUUUGAAGGCUUCUGUCCACAUGAUUUUCAUGUCCUCUCAUUCCCAUGAUGCCUUGCAGGUGGGAGGCUGGGUGACGUUUUGAGGAGAGCCUUGUUCCCCAUGCUUCCUUUGCUCUUCCUUCAUUUCUGCAGUAACAGGGAUCCCCACAACUUUCUCAGAGGGGAAAGUCAUAGUCAUUGACUGCAGGGUUUUGCAGAGCACUGAAUGCUUUGGGGGGGACUGAAUUGGCUUCUUGGGAGGCAGGCAGACAAGUUGGCCUUACUCUGUUUCAGUUUGCUAGAGUCACAAAUAAAAACACAGGGUGGGA